AAUACACUGAAAAGUAGGGAUGAAGUUGCAAAGGGAUCACUGAAUCAAAAAUCCUAAAACCCUACCCCUUAUCCUAUAUAAACAAUCUCUUGGCUAAAACCCCAAUCACCCAUCUCAUCGUCAUUGGCCAUUACUAGGGAAAGCUUCAACACCCGUUCUUUUGUUGGAAUUAUUCAGAUUGCGCUAAACAAAAUGUCAAAUCCAAAGGUUUUCUUUGACAUACUGAUUGGAAAGAUGAAAGCUGGCCGAGUAGUAAUGGAGUUAUUCGCUGAUGUUACUCCAAAAACCGCUGAGAAUUUCCGCGUCCUUUGCACUGGGGAGAAAGGGAUUGGAAUUUCUGGGAAGCCACUGCACUAUAAGGGCUCCACCUUCCACCGUAUUAUUCCAAACUUUAUGUGUCAGGGUGGAGAUUUCACCAGGGGUAAUGGGACUGGAGGAGAAUCCAUCUAUGGUACAAAGUUUGCAGAUGAGAACUUCAAGCUGAAACACACAGGCCCUGGAAUUUUGUCAAUGGCAAAUGCUGGACCAAACACUAAUGGUUCCCAGUUCUUUAUAUGUACAGAGAAGACCCCGUGGCUUGAUGGAAAGCAUGUUGUGUUUGGUAAAGUUGUUGAUGGGUAUAAUGUCGUCAAAGAGAUGGAGAAGGUGGGUUCAGAUAGUGGGAGAACUUCACAACCUGUUGUCAUUGAAGAUUGUGGUCAGAUAACAGGGAAGUGAUCAUGUAAAAAUGAGGUAGAUGUAAUGGAUAUCCAAUGUAACCUGACUAGGCCGUUUGAAUUGAUACAUGGUUAUUUUGGUGAAAGAAUAAAUUGCAUAGCCAGUGUCAUUUUCUUGCUCUUGCCUAUUUAGAAGUCAUUGGUGUAGAAAAUGCUUUUUUGUAAAUGAAAAAGCGUACUGCAAGUUAAUAUUUGCUAUUA